UUCCUCCUCUCUUCGCAUUUCCCACUUCGUUUUCACGUGCCAUGUACACGCAUUUAGGGCAAAAUAAAGCCCAAAACAAUGCUACAGCACAUGCCACAGUUUUCUUCCUCCUCUCCCUCUAUAAAAACCCCUAGACCAACUCUCCAAAAUCCCAUCAACCCAAAGUCCCCAAUAACCAUUGUUUUGAGCCAUUGUUGUCUUCACCAACUUUUUACUUCACAUCUCUCCUUCAAGAACACAGCAAAAAAGAUCAUCACUGCCAUCAUCAUGUUGAAGCCACAGCUUCAUCAAUCCCAAUUUGCCUCCCCAACCUUGUCCUUAAGCAAGCCAUUUAGCCAAGGCAAUGGCAGGAUCGUUGGUUUUCGGGUACGAUCCACGCCUGUGCUCCAAAAGAGCCGUAGAAGCGCUAAAGUAGGGCUUGUCUCGCGCAAGAUCAGUGCGACAAUGAGCCCAAUCACUACCGAGAAGUUGCUGUCAGUUAAAGUGGUAGUGACUCUGAAAGAGAGCCCCGGUGGUUUGCUCUCGAAAAUCGGGAUAAAGGGAGGGGUCGAUCUCCUCUUGGAGCUUGUUAGUGCUGAGCUUGACCCCAAGACGGGACAAGAGAAGGGUACAAUCAAAGGGUACACGCGCAAGAAGAGCCAGAACGCGGAGGAGGCAACGUAUGAGUGUGAGUUCGAGGUCGGAGAGGGGUUCGGGGAGGUCGGGGCGAUUUUUGUGGAGAACGAGAACCGCAAGGAGAUAUACCUCAAGGACAUCAUCCUCGACGGGUUCGCAGGUGAUCCUCUCAGCAUCACCUGCAACUCGUGGGUUGAGUCCAAGUUCGAUAACCCGCAAAAGAGGGUCUUCUUCACCAAUAAGUGCUAUUUACCGAAGGAAACGCCGAGCGGGCUGAGGAGGCUGAGAGAGGAGGAGCUGGCGAUCCUGCGAGGGAACGGUCAAGACGAGAGAAAGUCGCACGAGAGGAUAUACGAUUACGAUGUGUACAAUGACCUCGGGAAUCCCGACAGCGGCGUGGAUAAGAAGAGGCCAGUGCUCGGUGGAAAAGAGCUUCCGUACCCCAGACGAUGCCGGACCGGGCGCCCUCGGUGCGAUACCGAUCCGCAAUCGGAAUCGAGGAGUGGAAGCACAUACGUGCCUCGAGAUGAACAGUUCUCGCCGAUAAAGAACUUGACGUUCUCCGCGAAGACUGUGUACUCGGUGGUGCAUGCACUGGCGCAGUCGCUAGAUACGGUGAUAGUCGACUCCGACCUAGGGUUCCCCUACUUCUCCGCCAUCGACGAUCUGUUCAACGAAGGUGUCAACUUGCCCCCGUUGCAGAAGCAAGGCUUCCUCAAGGACCUCUUGCCCCGGCUCGUCAAAACCGUCGCCGAUGCCUCCCAAGAUGUCUUGCGCUUCGAAACCCCUGAAACCAUGAUCCGAGACCGAUUUUUUUGGUUUAGUGAUGAAGAGUUUGCACAAACUCUAGCAGAAUUAACCCCUAUGCGAUCCAAAGUUGUCACGGAAUGGCCCUUGAGGAGUGAGCUUGAUCCUAAGAUCUACGGUGCAUCUGAAUCGGCUAUCACAACGGAGAUUAUCGAAAGGGAAAUCAAAGGCUUCAUGACAGUAACUGAGGCCAUCAAGCAAAAGAAGCUGUUCAUGCUGGACUACCACGACCUGUUCCUACCAUACGUGAACAAAGUGAGACAACUCAAGGGGACAACCUUGUACGGGUCGAGAACGCUCUUCUUCCUGACCCCAGAUGAGACGUUGAAACCACUUGCCAUCGAGCUCACACGGCCGCCGACCGAUGACGGUAAGCCGCAAUGGAAGCAGGUGUUCACCCCGUCGUGCAGCUCCACUGGCAGGUGGCUUUGGCGGCUCGCCAAGGCCCAUGUCCUUGCCCAUGACUCUGGAUACCACCAGCUCGUCAGCCACUGGUUGCGGACUCAUUGUGCCACGGAACCCUAUAUAAUAGCAACAAACCGGCAACUGAGUGAGAUGCACCCCUAUAAGUUGCUGCACCCGCACUUCCGGUACACGAUGCAGAUCAAUGCGCUGGCUCGCGGGUUUCUGAUCAAUGGCGACGGGAUCAUCGAGAGCUCCUUCUCUCCCGGCAAGUAUUCCAUGGAGCUCAGCGCCGUCGCCUAUGACAAGCAGUGGCAAUUCGACUUACAAGGCUUGCCCAAUGACUUAAUUAGCAGGGGAUUGGCAGUGGAAGACCCGACGGCACCCCAUGGCCUCAGGCUAGCGAUCGAGGACUACCUCGCCAACGAUGGCCUCCUCUUGUGGGACGCCAUCAAGGAGUGGGUCACCGACUACGUCAGCCACUACUACCCCGACCCAAGCCGCAUUGCGUCGGACAAGGAGCUCCAGUCCUGGUGGACUGAGAUCCGGACCGUCGGCCAUGGUGACAAGAAAGACUCCCCGUGGCCCGACCUCAAGACCCCGUCCGACCUCGUCCACAUUAUCACCACCAUGGUCUGGGUCACCUCCGGCCACCAUGCUGCUGUCAACUUUGGCCAGUACACCUAUGCCGGUUACUUCCCGAACCGGCCCACCAUCGCCCGAACCAAGAUGCCCGUCGAGGACCCGACCGAGGAAGAGCUCAAGAUCUUCUGGGACAAGCCUGAAACCACACUCCUCACGUGCUUCCCGUCACAGAUACAGGCGACCAAGGUGAUGGCAAUCCUCGACGUGCUGUCGAACCACUCGCCAGAUGAGGAGUAUCUGGGACAGGAUCCGGAACCAGCGUUGAAAGAGGAGCCGGCGAUAAAGACAGCAUUCGAGAGGUUCAGCGGGAGGCUGAAGGAGCUUGAGGGCAUCAUCGACAAGAGGAACACCGACCAAAGGUUUAAGAAUCGAAGUGGAGCCGGGAUCGUGCCGUACGAACUCUUGAAGCCAUUCUCCGAGCCAGGCGUGACAGGGAAGGGAGUUCCAUACAGCAUUUCCAUCUGAGCAAACGACAUUCUUGUUCGUGGUGGCGACCACAUUGGCUGCGGAGAGAGAACUUCUCUCUCUGUUUUGUAGAAGAAGAGAGAGCGUGGUAUAUGCGGAUGAUAAUGUGGUCAUCCUAAUUUGUUAACAUUUUUUAUUUUAAUUUCAUGAUCUGAUUUGUCGUUUUACCAAUAUCUAUGGAAUUAUGAUUAAAUGAUUAAUUUCAGUUCUAGUC